AUGGGGGAUCAAGGGUGGACAUUUCAAGGGGGCUGGUGUAACUACUUGGUAGAGGAACUUCAAAGCUAUCAGACAGUGGAAACUGCUGUUUUGCGAAGCAUCCUGUUUUGUAGCAAUGUUUUAAGACUGGCUGUCACUUGGUACUAUUACUGCGCUCAUUUUAUAGAUACGGCACAGGAUCCAGGGUUUUCAGGUUUAUCGGAUCCUAAAGCUCAUCCUUCCAAUGUUACGUGGUCUUCCCUCUUUUGUGAAACUGAAGAGGUGAAUAAUGAAUCUUCUUCUGUAAAACGGACAGAAGGACAGAGGCCAAGAGGAGGCCCGGACUUGAGAUCUCGAGAUUCUUCUAAGAAUUCCAACCCCACCAUGUGUAAUUAUCUAUGUGACUCUUUGGCCUUUGUAGAACUGUCUGCCAUAAGCAAUAAAGGAAAAGGACUUUGGAUCCCCACCGGCAACAAAUUGUGUGAAAGCAACUAUGAGGGAAACAAGUCUCCCUUACCUCAGUUUGCUUCCACAAGAGGCUAUGCCGUACUUCAAAACACUGCAACAUGUGAGCUUCAGAAAGGAGAAGAGAAAAAAAAAAAAGAUUUCUGGACAACCAGUCUGUAUAAAAUACCUAAGGCAAUUCUUGGCACCAAAAACGUGUUCACUUUUGGUGCCAUGACUCAGGAUCAGACCUUGUCUUCAGAUUCCCAUUUACCCCAGCCAGGUAAUAAGGCCCUUUGGAGCCUUUUGUGCUCCAUUUCUGGCUGGAAACCCAGGGAUCUAAAGGUGGUUUUGUGUUUUACUCUGAUGCUUCCCGAAGAGCCUUUGCAAAAGCUGAGGGCUUUGUCUUUAACAAAAAAAGGACUAUCCUAGAAACCCAUGGAAGUGGACCAUGCCAGGUACUCUUGGCUACAGACUGCUGAUGGCAUUGCUUCAAUAAUUAUGAGAUCAUACCAGUGGACUGAGUCAGGAGUCCUAGACUUCUAGCCAAGAAGCACAUGUGUUCAUGAGACUACUAACCCAGAUCAAGUGGAACAAGAAUUAAUUACAAAGCACUGAAUAAACUAGAUGGACAUGGGCUUUGCUUGGAACAGUGCUGAUGCCUUAAUGCUCUGUUUUCUGGAUGUAAGGAACCACUCUCUCUUUUCUCUCAAGCUAUGUAUCCCUCAUAACAAUUUAUUAGACUGUGCUCUUGUAAAGCAGAAAUGAAACAUUGAUCUUUUCUGCCCUGACUCACCCUGUGAAAUUUGUGGAACUCUUAUUGAGGAUUCCUGUUUUCGUGGCACCCUAGUUAUUUGCAUAGAUUCAGUAGGAGUCUGUCCACCUUGUUAAUAGGACAGAAUUGGAAACACUGGUUAUGCAAUCAAGGCUGGCAUUGUCUAGAAUGUCAUAGUUGAGAAGGAUGCUCGUUUCAUCAGAUGUGACCAGGCACUUUUUAGGAAUUAAGGUAGACUUUAUGGGGCCAAUGCUUACAAAGUCCCUCUUAGGGAAGCUGGCCUGGUAACCGUCUUUACAGAGUUCCCAGCCUUAUAGGUGAGCAAGGCAGGCUCAGGAACCUUAGGAUAUUCUGGGGACCUCAGGAAGAGAGGACUUCCCACCAAAUCACUAGGUAAUGCAGGUGAAAAAUGAUGGUGAAGUUUUGGCCUGGCUUCCUAUCCAUGAGAGGCUUUGAAAAGUCCAAUCUGAGGUUCUUUAUGAAAAUGUCCAGCAAAGCAAAUAGAAGACUCAUGUGUUGACUUGUCCUUCUUGCUGCAUCUGUGUAAACAAACAGGUCAUGUCUAAUGAGACCAGCCUUGUUUUGUGAUCAAGAAUAAUCU